AUGAGCAAAACGCCGAGUCAAAAGCCCUACAGUACGUUUUUCUUUUGUAAAUGACGCUACAACGUAAUAGACCUCGCACGGAAGAGAACUGCACGAAAUAGAGCUCAAUUUUUAACGUUUUUCGCGAUUAAAACCGUGUCUAUAGAGUUCUAUUUCGUAACAGUUCUACUCCGUUGUAGGGUAUUGUAAAUUACUCGGAAAAUCGGAAUUUGAAACUCAAAAUUUGCAGUUAGCAUCUGUCGCUCGAUCACCAACUUCGAGGGAUAUUCGGACGACGAGUCGCUCGACGCCGUUCCGAUCUUUGACACGCCCCUGAAUCGGUCCAAUCAGCCGUCUCCUUGCGCAUCUCCGCCCAAAGAUCCAGUUCCGAUGCAGGUUGCUCCGCGCCCGUAUCCGCUUCUUUCGUUCGCUCAGCUCGCGCCGCCGCCGCUGCCGACUCGAGUCGAACCGGCGGCCAAGUUUCCGCUGAAAGUGGCGGAAGAGCCGCGAGUCCAGAAAUCGCUGAUUCGCCGUUGUCCGACUCCCAAACACUUUCCGAUCACCACGUCGUCUGCUGGCCUGGCCCCGGCUCCGCCUCCGCAACGCCGUACUCCGGAGCCGUACAUCCACAAGCCGUUGCAGCCCAUAGAGCCAGCGAAGCUCACCCCGGAAGAGCAGCUGAAGAACGAAUUGCACAAAAAAUUGACUGCGGCGUGCAGUGGAUGCCUGACUGUCGUGCCGCACAAUCAGUUGUUCGUGUGCUCGGAUCUCGCGUGUCCGUAUUCUCUCCAGCAGAGAGUCCCCAUGAAGACGCCCGCCCAGUUCUUCCAGGUGGAAAAGGUGUUCUGUGGAAUGUGCUCUUUCCGUGCGUGCCACUCGCCACAUGCUCAGUACAUGAUCGAAGCCGAGCCACUCGCUGUGAGCAAACGAAUAAUUUCAUUCUUCCAUUCUUCAUCUGUUCCGCUUUCAGCUGAAGAUUUCGGCCGGAGAAGCUGGUGCGCAGAUCAAGAAAGACUUCCUCAAAAUCACCGAAUUGGACAGCCAGCAUCCGAUCGAUUUCAUGAUGCAUUUGGAGAUGGAGAAGCCAUUCAAAGAGCUGCCGGUCGUCGAUUAUCUGGCGAAUUCUUCGAACGCGCUCGAAUGGCACAAGCGCUUGGACAAAAUGAACGGGUUGAUCAAGGAGAUCAACGAGUACAGAGAGGAGGGGUACAAGGUGGCUCGCGACUUGGCCGGAAAGGCGGUGGUAAAUGAAAGUAAUCAUGGAAAUUGUUCUACUUUUCUUUUCAGAAUGUGUUCAGAAACGCUGAGAGCGCGAUUAUGUACGACAUCACCGAGAAGAAGCCGAAGGAUGCGUAUACCAAGGAGACACGCCUUCACGGGAAGUUUUCUACGCAGUUCUGA